AUGAAAUAUACCUUUCAAAACUCUUUACUUUUCGACGUACUUAUAGUUAAUGGAGAAUUUAUACGUGAACAAUUCAUUUUCAUCUAUGAAGCAUUAAUAAAAAUUAAUCAACUUGAAAGUCCAUGCAUCGCGUCGCCCGAUUGCAUAACAGAAUCGAUCGGUGACCGUGCAUGCAAUAGUACUCCUGAUGGUUGUAUUGUUUAUUCAAGAAGAAGUUCACGUGCUGAAUAUAUACUUCUAUUACUGAAACUAACAAUUAAACCUGAAUGCCAAUAA